AUGAGGGAAGAAGAACUUGAAGUGGCCCUGAAGGUGGUCAUCGUGGGUAAUGGUGGGGUGGGCAAAUCAAGCAUGAUCCAAAGAUACUGCAAGGGGACUUUCACUAAGGAUUAUAAGAAAACUAUAGGUGUAGAUUUUUUAGAAAGACAAAUAGAAGUAGAUGGCGAAGAUGUUCGACUUAUGCUGUGGGAUACUGCGGGACAAGAAGAAUUCGAUGCCAUUACUAAAGCUUAUUAUAGAGGAGCACAAGCCUGCGUUCUUGCCUUUUCAACUGUAGAUAGAGAUUCAUUCGAAGCUGCACAUUCUUGGAAACUUAAGGUAAAUUGA